AUGGCGCCGAAGAUUGUUCUUGUUACUGGCUGUUCCACAGGCAUAGGGCUAUAUACAGCUCUCUUGCUAGCUAGCGACAAACAAAAGCGCUUCGUCGUCUAUGCAACGCUCCGAAAUCUUGCAAAAAAAGGCGAGCUUGAGGAAAAGGGCAAGGAUUUUCUCGAUGACACUCUCAUCAUAAAAGCGAUGGAUGUUUGCUCCGAUGAGUCCGUGGACGAAGUUGUGCAAGACUUGUUGUCUACACAUCAGCGGAUCGAUAUACUCAGUAAGGUUUCUAUAUUCUUCGAGUUAAUUUUAAUGUACUAUUGAUAGUACACAAGAUCAACCCCUCCCCGCAGAUCUAUGGAGAAAAUCUUGAGUCCGAGAAGCUGACUGAGGGACUUGAUCUUGAAACUGAAAAUAUUAAGAAUGAAGAAUGAUCUCCAGAUUAUUUCCACUUUUCUGCUUGGAACCAUAGAGACACGCAUGUGCAUGGAGUAUAUCCUCGGGGUGUGUCCGGAGGGUGGCCACCCAAACCCCCCACCCCUAAAUACGUCCUUCAGACCGAAUGAACCAAAAUUUAACUAAUCCCUCCAUCCAAAUCUCUUGCCAUGAUGAUAGGGAACGUUGAUGUCGCACUAGCUAGCGUUCUCAGUUCAAUUAAUAGCACGAUCAUUUUCUUGAGAACUUUGAAGCUCUUCAGAAUGUUUUCAAAACUCUGGGCAAUGUCAUAGGAUAUCUUCCGACAUCUUUAUACAAUAGGGCUGCCAUUAAGGCUUUAAGGAGCUGGUCUCUGUUGGAAAUUAGGCAGUCACUUAUCCCACAAAUCCUCCUAUAUUUGCCAUUUUCGACUCAUUUUCCAACCUAAGGUACCACCAUGGACAGCUGAUUUUACUGCAGUAGCUGGCUGCCAGCUACCAAUGACAGCCCUGUACAAGUAGGUCAUCUGUCACUGCGUGCAGAUGUAUUUCCUGCAAAAUGUCCCUUUUUACAAGGUGCCAGGAGAGACUGCUGUAUUUACAGGCUACUGUGACUCCUUUGCCCUGCUAAAUCCACCUGUAUCUUAAGCUGAAAAAUUAUGACCAAAACUAUACAGAGAAUUAUUCCCUCCAAGGAUUUUUAUUUAAUUUUAAAACUACUUCUAAGAGAUUGCCUGUAGUAAGCGGUCCCUCCCCUUAAGAGGUGCCUGUAAUAACACCCCAGGUACUAGAUUACCCUCCCAAUCCCAGAGGCGGGGGGGGGGAGGGGGGUACUCCCUAUGAUGGCCUACUGUACACGGGACAUGGGCAUGGGGAGACUUCACCUGAAAGGGGUACCUUUUUCAGUCUUCAGGUAUAUAAAAGAGUGUAAAGGGAUUUCACUAGUUGAAGUUUAUAAAAGGUUUGGGCAAUCUGUUAUUUGGGUCUGUAAAAGGGCUCAAAGGGGCUAACAGAUGAAUUUUGUGGCUUUAAAAAAUCAAGAAUAUUUUUAUGAUUGAUUCCUAUUUAAAAGAGUGCAUUUACAGCAGUUAAAAGGGAUGCAAAGUUCUAAACAAGGUAUAUGAAAGGGGUACCAUUUGUCAUUAGAAGGUAUACAAAAGGGGUACCUUAUCAUGAAAAAUGGUACAUAAAAGGGUAAGGGGUUGGACCUUGGGGCAGACCCUCCCUGUACAAACAUUUGUUGAGUACCCCCUGGGCUCCCAAUUUGACUUGCAUAUCAUUAAUCAAAGAGAGAAUUUGAUUUUAGAUCAGGAGGUACUUAAGGUCAUACUCACAAUCACAACUUCAAUAAAUUACUUUCUUAUGCUAUUGUUAGCAGUACAAAGCUAGUGCUGAUUAUUGCAAGAAGCUCAUGCAAGCAGUAUUGAUCUUGUCCUUUCUAGUUAACAAUGCCGGAGUAGGCUUGCUAGGCCCCUUGGAGACUCAAACAAUGGAGGUGGCAAGGAGUGUUUUUGAAACUAACUUCUUUGGAGUGUUACGGCUGACUAAAGCUGUCCUCCCAUGUAUGAAGUCCAAAAGAGAUGGUCACAUUAUCUGUGUGACCAGUGUGGGAGGAAUCAGUGGAGUGCCAUUUAACGGUGUGUACUGUGCGUCAAAGUUUGCAGUGGAAGGACUCGUUGAGUCACUGGCCCCAAUGCUGAAAACAUUUAAUGUGAAGUAGGUAGAUUCAACCAAGUCUUUAAUUUUUCAGUUACAGGUUAAAAUCAGCUUCUUCUUUCAUUCAAGGUAGUGGUCUUGGGUACUGCAUUAUAUGUUUUGUUCUAUUUCCAGUCUCAUGAUAAUGUAAUUUAUUUAUACUGAGCAGCCAAAAAUCUGCCAAAAUAUGGAAGCAAGUGGAUUAAAUUUUGUUUGAAUCUCCUUUAUAUCUUCACCUUGACAAGUGAAAGAGUUGGCUUAUUAGAAAGCCUUUUAAGGGUCGAGGUUAUGCAAAUCAAAAAAGCCAGUUCCGAGUCCAAAAGGAAAGUGUCAUUCCAGACAAAGCAUUGUUUUAAAUGAUAACUUGCAACCUUGUUCCAGACAAAAAUUGCAGACCUACAUGCUUAAAUUAAAAAUUAUAAUAAGAAUGUGGGUUUCACUAAAAGAAAGUUCUUAAGUUGUGUGUCAGAGCAAGUACAGCAGAACACCAAACUGAAUCAACCAGGAAUUCUAGGAAGAAUUUCCCCUGUUUCCUAUUUUAUAUAAAGUAAAGCAAAAUAACUGAAAUCUCUCUGUCAAAGCAAAAGGCUGCCAGUUUUAAUAGCCCUUUUACAGUUACCAGUCACUUGACUGGCUUAAUGCAGAACUUGAAAAAAACUAAAGAUGGAAAGAGCAUGUGAGAAAGUUACUUGGAAUCCUAUUUUUGAGGUGAUUGGCACAUAAAUAAUACUAAAAUUUUGAGGCUAGAAUGUCUGCAAAACGUUAAGGGUUUUUAUGGAAAGAAAUGCUGGACCACAAAGUUUGCAAUCCAACACCUUUUUCUCAGCUAUUGAUACAUGUAUAUGAAAUAUUUUCUUGAUACUUUAAAUCACCAUAAAAUGGUAUUGUUGUGAGUUUAAAGCCUAAAAAUUAUUGCAAGAUCUACUAUUUUCGGGGAUUUUCAGGGUUAUCUCUCAAUUUUGGCACAUGACCCUGAGCUUCAAAGGGGGUAUACCCUGCUCAAGAGUCAGAAAGGCCAAGAAGUAUCUGACUCCAACGUGAAAGAGUUAGGGAUGCUCAUCUGAAAUUUUGAAUGGAGCCCCACCCCUUUUUUGAUCUCUAAAAGAGACCAUUUUAAACUUUGAUUACUUGAAUCAAGUAUUAAAUAUAACGAAUUGAAGAAUUUUCAAUAUUUCUUCCCAUGCAGCCCUAAAAGAGAUCUUUACAGCUAAAUAUAAUGGCAUUUUGCCCAGAACACCCCAAAUGAGACCAAAAUCCAAAAUUUACACCAUUAAGCGAGAUAAUGAGCAUCCCCACCCCUUUCAUGUGGAAGUCCUCCCCCGCCCCCCCCUACCGGUGGAUAUUGUAAAGAUCCAGACAAAAAAUCACGUGCCCAUAUAUCUUAGAACCAGUUUCAGGGAGACUCUAUCAUUAUUUAUCAAAAUAACCCUAACUACAUGUAUUUUCGUUUUAUUCAAAUUAAAAGAUGCUCUUUAAUUGAGCCAGGACCAGUUGCAACCUCAUUUGGGGCCAAUCUGCGCAGCAAUGACAAAGAAGCAGACAGCCCUCCCAUAGAUGAUGAAACUAAGCAACUACUGGAGAAUCUGACCAAGAAGAUAAGCACCGCCUUUACCACAGUGGUUCAGACUCCAGAUGAAGUUGCUCAAGUGAUUCAAGAAGCAAUCCUAGCUGAACAGCCACAUUUGAGGUAUCAAACAAACAAGAAUUAUGCAGCUGCAACAGCAGCCAAACUAACCGACCCCACUGGCGAUAAACCUAUAGAGCUUAUGCAUCAGCGCUAUUUUAGUUAA